AUGAUCACCUUCUGCACUCUACAAGUGCAAAUGCUGGCACUGGUCACACUGACGACAGCCCUCGACCUCCCAUCCCUCAACUUCGACUGGCAACAGCCCCUCUCCUACCUAGGCCUCGCCCCCAACAACCUCACCGCCACGGGCUGCGAAGCCGCCUGCACCUACCUAACCCACCACCUCCCCAUCCCCGACAUCCAGCCCGAUAAUCCACGCGAAUACUGGAAAGAAAAGUCCUUCUUCUGGUCGCAACAACAAUCCACCAUCUCCCCGUCCUGCUUCGUGCAACCCCUCACCGCCGAACACGUCUCCACCAUCGUCAAACUCGCACGCGAACAUCAGUGUAAGUUCGCGGUGAAGAGUGGCGGGCACGCUGCCUUCGCUGGAGCCUCGAAUGUGCAGGACGGGAUGACGAUUGAUCUGCAGUUUCUUGACAUGAUUGAGGUGUCUGAAGACAAGCAGACGACGAGGGUAGGGCCGGGGAAUCGGUGGGUGGAUGUUUAUAAGCAUGUGGUUCCGAUGGGGUUGUCGGUUGUGGGGGGACGGAACUCGGAGAUUGGGGUUGGCGGGCUCACGCUUGGCGGAGGGAUAUCUUGGUACUCGAGUCGGUAUGGGUGGGCGUUGGAUGGGGUGAGGAAUUAUCAGGUUGUUGUUGCGGAUGGGAGGGUUUUGGAGGUCGAUCGGGAGUCGUAUCCGGAUCUUUACUGGGCGCUGCGAGGUGGCGGAAAUAACUUUGGGGUCGUAACGAGGUUUGAUUUUGAGACGUUCCCACAAGGCGACAUGUGGGGUGGUUCGGUGAUGACGGGGCCGGAUAGUCUGGAUCGGGUGCUGGACGCUUUCCACGAUUUUGCUUAUACUGGCGGGGAUGACAUGGACGCGUACAGCUUCUCGGCGUUCUGCUGGUAUCAAGAACACAAGAUGUUCAUCGCCUCGACUGCGCUUGUAUACGCUCAACCUGUUGAGAACCCAGCCAUUUUCGAGAACUAUACCAAGCUCGAAUCGAUGCACUCCACGCUCAAGAUCCGGGAUAUGGUGAGUAUGUCGGAUGAGAUAGGCGCUCAAGCACCGAACGGGCUCCGGAACUCGUACUGGACGGCAACCUUCCGUAUAACGCGGGAGAUGCUGCAGGUGAUCCUGGACAUCUUCAUGGAGGAGUUGGAGCCCGUCAAAGAAGUGGAAGGGAUGAUACCUGCGCUGAUCUAUCAGCCAAUGUCAAACGAAGUACUCACCCGCUUCUCCAGGAACGGCGGAAAUUGUCUUGGCCUUGAAGGUGAAGAAGGUCCGCUGCUGAACAUCAACUACGCCGUCAUGUGGAAGAACGAGGCAGAUGACGAGGCGGUCCUGACGGCGGCGCGUAAUACGAUCAGAAGGAGCAAGGAGAAGGCGAAGGAGUUGGGGCUAGAUCAUCGGUAUCUGUAUCAGAACUAUGCAAGCCAUGAGCAGGAUGUUAUGGCCUCAUAUGGGGAGGAGAAUCUGGAGAGGCUGAGGAGCAUUAGUAGGGAAUUUGAUCCUGAGCAGGUCUUUCAGAAGUUGCAGCCGGGGUAUUUUAAGCUGUGA